AUGUUUUUGCAAUUAAAGGGUUACUUUUCUAUUCCGAAUAGCCCUGUUUUACUAUAUUCAACUGCAACAGAUAUCAGGGUUUUGAAUGUUUCAAAACCAAGUAAAGUUCAUUUAAUCAUCAAAGGUCUAGAACAAGGGUCUGCUGUAGACUUUUUGUACAUGAAAAAUUUAAUAUGUUGGUCUGACCAAACUGCUGAGCUGAUACAAUGUAUGAAUUAUAAUGAGACAUAUUCAGGAGAGAAAGAAAGAAUUGUAUCAGAAGGUUUGAUCACACCAACUGGGAUUGCAAUAGACUGGUACACGGACAAAAUAUACUGGACAGAUGGUGAAACUAAUAGAAUAGAAGUAAUAAGUAUCAAUCAGAAAUAUAGAAAAGUAUUGUUUUGGUCUGAAGUUGACCUAGCAAGAGCUAUAGCUGUUGUUCCAAAGGAGGGGUUAAUGUUUUGGACUGAUUGGGGUGAAGUACCUAAAAUUGAACGAGCUGGAAUGAAUGGUGAUGCUUCCUCACGGAAAGUUAUUGUUAAAGAAAAUAUUUUUUGGCCAAAUGGCAUAACUGUAGAUUAUAACAAUAAUGUUAUAUAUUGGGCAGAUGCGAAGCUUCAGUUUGUAGACAUGAUUGAUUUCAAUGGAGAAAACAGAAAACGGAUUGUAAAAGGGGGUUUGGAGUACCCAUAUGCCCUUACUUUUUUUAAUGAGAAACUAUAUUGGACUGACUGGAAGAGUUGGACAAUUUACACAUGGGAUAUUAGCAUAAAUGGUCCAAUAAAAGAGGUUAUAAAGUCUGACCCAGUACCAGUUGAUGUUAAAGUGUUUGAUGGAAGCAGACAAUUACUUCCAACAGAGGACUAUCCUUGUAAAAUAAAUAAUGGGGGAUGCUCUCACCUUUGUUUGUUGUCACCUUUGCCUCCAGGAUAUGUUUGCGCAUGUCCAACAGGCGUCAAGUUGAUAGAGGGAAGCAACACAACUUGCUACAACAUGCCUCAAUCCUUACUUUUGAUCGCUCAGCGGUCUAUAAUUUCAAAGAUUUCUUUGGAUUCCCCAGACUUUACACCUUAUACAGUGCCUUUAAAAGAGCUCAAAAGAGCUUUAACUGUAGAUUUCGAUCCGAAAACAGAAUAUAUGUAUUGGGCCGACAGUCUGUCCAAAACAAUAUCACGUGCUCGACUGGACGGUAGCGAGCAAUCCGUAGUAAUACACAGUAGCGGCGUACCUGAGAGCAUAGCUAUUGAUCCACUGGCCAGGAACAUCUACUGGACCGAUCCCGCCACUGACACGAUCAACGUCGCCAGGCUCAACGGGAGCUAUAAGAAAGUGAUAAUCCACGACGAGCUCUUCGACCCGAGGGCCAUAGCGCUACACCCGACGGCCGGUUGGAUGUUCUGGUCCGAUUGGAAUGAGAAGAAGCCGAAGAUCGAACGCGCGAAUUUGGACGGCACCGGUCGGACGCUGCUGGUCUCCGAGAAGCUGACCUGGCCCAACGGAAUCGCCCUGGACACUGUCAACAACAAGCUGUAUUGGGGCGACGCUAGAACCCACAAGAUUGAAGUCUGUAAUAUGGAUGGCAGCGAUAGGAGGGAAUUGCACAAUAGCGACAUCCUGCAUAUUUUCGGUUUAACACUGCUCGGCCAACAUUUGUAUUGGACUGACAUACAGCGACGGACAUUAGAUAGAAUCGAUAAAAAUAACGGUUUGGAGAGGCAGCCCGUGGUGGAGCAAAUGGCGAACAUGAUGGGCGUGAAGGCGUUCCGCCUGGGGGAAACGUUGCCCAGCAACCGCUGCAGCGAUACCAACGGCGGCUGCUCGCACCUCUGCUUCAACAGGCCCCACGACUAUGUCUGCAGCUGUCCAUUGGGUCUAGAACUACAAAGCGAUAGAAAAACGUGUAUCGAGCCGGAUGCAUUUCUCGUGUAUAGCCGGAAAAAUAUCAUCGGUCGGAUCAGUACUGAGAACGAGAAUAAUGACGCUGUUCUGCCCGUGAAGGAGUUAAAAGAAGUUAGUGCCUUAGCAGUUCACGUGUCAGGCGGCAAGAUAUAUUGGUCGGAUAGUAAGACGAAGACAAUAAACCGCUGCUCAGUUAACGGAUCUAACAUGGAGAAGAUUCUAGAGUGGAUGGGAUUGGUUGAAGGUCUGGCGAUAGACUGGUCGGCCCAGAACAUCUAUUGGACGGACACGGCCGCACAACGCAUAGAGGUGGCUCGCCUCGACGGCUCCAGUAGACGCACGUUGCUUUGGCAAGGGCUAAAGAAACCGAAGAGCAUUGUGCUCGAUCCUAAAAAGGGAUACAUGUAUUGGUCAGAGUUGGGAUCUAAAAACAUCAAACGCGCCGCCAUGGACGGUUCUUCCCCGACAGUGUUAAUGGAACAAGUGGGCCGUGUACAUGCUUUGGCCAUAGACUACGAAAAACGUACAAUAUAUUGGGCUGCUUUGGACCCCCCUGCCAUAGAGUACGCCUUCCUGAACGGAACCGGGAGAAGGAUGUUAGUCAAUAACAUAUCGAUGCCUUACGCUCUAACUCUUUACGGUGAUAGAGUGUUUUGGGGAGAUUGGAAUACCGGGCUGGUGGAGGCGGCGAGCCGGUCGGGCGGCGGGCGGCGCGCGCUGCACGGCGGCCUGGACUACCUGUCGGACCUGAAGGUGUUCCGGCGCGGGCGCGAGCCGGAGGGCGGCCAGUGCGCGGCCGACAACGGCGGCUGCGCGCACCUCUGCCUGCCGCGCGCGCCCGACUACCGCUGCGCCUGCCCCGCCCACUACCGCCGCAACGCCGACAACCUCACCUGCUCCGAACCGGAAGAAUUUCUUUUGUUCGCCCAAAAGAAUGCUAUAGGCCGGAUAUUAGUCGCUAGCGGGGAAUGCAAUGAUGCGUUUAUACCUUUGACUGGGCUUAAAAGCGUCAAGGCUAUCGAGUAUGAUCCCGUUAACAAACAUCUAUACUGGAUGGACGACGAGUCUCAUGCGAUCCGUCGUGUUCCCAUCUCUUACUCAACCACGUCGGCAAUAACUGACUCGAGUCCAGUCAUAAGCGGUCUCACGCGGCCAUUCCACAUGGUGCUGGACCUGAUCGGACGCGCGCUGUAUUGGACGUGUUUGGACAGCGACUCCAUCAAUGCCACAUCCAUUGAGAACAGUUCCUACACGGGCGUCAUUAUGCGCGGGGAGAAGAUGAUGCCCAGGCAUUUGGCUUUUCACCAAACAAAGCGGCUGCUCGUGUGGAACGACGUGGGCGCGGGCGCGAUAAUGCGCGCGAACGCGGACGGCACCGCGCGCGCCGAGCUGGCGGGCGCGGCCAACGCCACCGCGCUGACGGUGGACCAGGCCGCCGGCACCGUGUACUGGGCGCUGGGCAGGCAGAUACACGCCGUGGACCUCGACGGCGCCAACAAGCGGGUGGUGUGGCAGGGGGGGUGGGCGGGCGCACUGGGCGUGUACGGGGGCGCGCUUUACUUCAGCGGCGGCGAGCGCGCGCUGAUGCGGGUGCCGCUGCACCGGAGGGAGGCGCCCGCGCAGCCAGUGCCCCACCUUGCGCGCCUCGCCGCCCUCCUGCCCGUCACCAAGGUGGCGCGCGAGCACCCGUGCUGGGGCGGAGGGGCGGCGGCGCGGUGCGGCUCCGCGCCCGGCGCCUGCCUGCGGGGCGGCGCGUGCGGCUGCGCGUUGCGCUGUGCGCCGCAGCCGGCCUGCGCGCCCGACCACGUGGCCUGCGCGCCCACGCCCGACCGCGCGCCCCACUGCAUCCCGCGCGCCUGGAAGUGCGACGGCACCGUGGACUGCCCGGAUGGGUCAGACGAGGGCCCUGAAUGCGGCUCUUGCACGACGGGGCUGCGCUGCGCUGACGGCUCGUGCGCCGCAGCACUCGGCGCCUGCCCCACCGGCGCCUACUGCGCGGCCCCGCUGCCAGCCGCCUUUCGAUGUGAUCAACGUCUGUGCUUGGCACCACCGUUACUGUGCGAUGGACGGCUUCACUGCGAAGAUGGAUCUGAUGAACUGCCGACUGCUUGUGGAUACGGACAAAAGGAACCGAGCGGUCGGCAAUCGCGCGCGCUGGUGGUGUGCGGCGCGCUGGCGGGCGCGGGCGCGGGCGUGGCCGGCGCGUGGGCCGCGCUGCGCCGCUGCCGCCGCCCCGGCCGCCGCGCGCCCCCCGCCCGCCCGCUGGUGCCCAUCAAGCCGCCGCCGCCGCGCGCACGUCCGCUCGGCGCGAGCUGCUCCGACCUGGUGUGCAGCUCGUUCGACGACCGCGCCACGGAGAGCCUGUGCGAGCGCUACCCGCGGCCCACCGCCAACCCGCCGCCGAGCCCGGCCACCGCCAGCGGCGGCAACGCGGGCCGCCGGCGCGCCUACCGCCACUACCGCGCCAUGAACCGCCCGCCGCCCCCCACGCCCGCCUCCACCGACGCCUGCGAGUCGGAGCCCGAGCCGGCCGCGCGCGCGCCGCCCCCCUCGCCCGCGCCCCUCGCAUAC